AGUGUUACGCCACCUACGUCAGUGUGCCAAGUUGUGUCGCUGUGAGUGCAUCGAUUCGCCUGUGAGUUUUUUUUAGUAAAACAAAUUUUUACAUUUCGGCGAAAACGUUGUCGAGAACAACGCGCGGCUGUGAAAUUUCGUUUUCUGUUGGGGAAAUCGGCCGCGGAAACCAUCGUAAUGCUUAAGACUGCAUAUGGGAAUGCUGCCUUAAGUAAAACCAGAGUUUACGAUUUGUUUUCACGUUUUAAAAAUGGAGAAAUGUCUAUUGAAGACCAACUUCGUUUAGGAUGCCCUUCAACGUCAAGAAUUGAUGAAAACGUCGACAAAAUCAAUGCCCUCGUUCGUGAAGAUCGUCGCCGAACCAUUGAUCAACUCUAUGAGCAAAGGGAGCGUCGACUUCAGGCAUGUUUUGAGCUUAAAAAUCAGCUCAAAGAGGACCCUUUUUCCAAUGUGAUUGCUGGUGAUGAAUCGUGGUGUUAUGGAUACGACUCAAAAGGAAUAUGAAAGGAGAGCGUUUUGUCACUGUGGAAGAGGUGAAACAAAAAUCAUUUUGAUGUUGUUUUGAUCAAUGGAAGAAUCGUUUGGAGAAGUGCGUUGUAGUCAAAGGC